AUGGCACUUCCACAGAAGAUUCGCGGCCCUUCCCUUUUCAUCAGCCAUGGAGCUGGCCCCCUCCCCCUUAUCCACCCAGGCUUGGAGGAUUUCCGGCAGCAAGUCGCCAAAUUGGGUAGUAGGCUCAAUGGAGUCAAAGGAAUUAUCCUACUUUCAGCGCAUUGGGAAACCGAUGAGCCCGAGAUCACGGCUCUUGCAGACCCUGGUCUCUACUUCGACUACGGAACUGUGGCCGCAGCCCAAGCCCUUGUUCCACCUGAGGCCUACGAGACCAGGUACCCCAUCCUUGGAAACACAACAUUAGCCGCGGAAAUCAACCAACGCCUCCUGGAUUGCGGCUUCAGACCGGUUCUCGACUAUAAGAGAGGCUUGGAUCACGGUGUCUUUGUCCCGCUCAAGAUCAUGCGGCCCAAGGCAGACAUACCUGUUGUCCAGGUAUCUGUUCUCACUGGAAAGGACGAGGAGGAGGCCACAGACAAGAACCUGCGUCUAGGUCGCGCCUUGGAGUACUUCAGAGACUUCGGAUACGCCAUAAUGGGGAGCGGCGGGUCGUACCACGACUUCAUGACCAUGAAAGACGUUCUCCAAGGCUCUGGCAAAAUUCCCUCGGGGACUGAGGAGUUUGAAAGCUACCUCGAAUCUACGGCGGCAAUUUCUGAUGCAAACACUCGCGAGGAGGCUCUUAGGCGCUGGCGGGACACCCCGUCAAGCUAUGUGGCUCACGUGAAAGCCGAGGCUGAGCAUUUUUGGCCGUUUCUUGUUGCAGCUGGCAGUGGCGGGGACGUUUCUGGGCAGCGAAUCCUCAAACUUCUUUCCCAGGGCUUACCAAUGAGCUUCUACGAGUGGUGA